CAAGUACUGGGCUCAAACUUAGAGGCUUUGUUAUAUUGUUUGUAUUGUAAAAAAUGAUGUCAUGAGACAUCUUUUGAGAUAUGCUGGAUUAUUAAAAAUAAGCUUCCUGUUAAGCAUAACAGAUUGAGCACCUGUUUAAUUCUCUAAUCCCUCCCAGAAUCCUAUGGAAAUGACAAUAAAGGAAUGUAAAGAAAAAUAAAAAUUUAAAGCCACAAAGUCAGGAGAACUGGAGAGAAGGGACAGCAGAUGAGAUGUCUACAAAAUAGAAGUUUGAAAAUGGUGGUUUGAGGCAAAUGGUAAACUGUCUUAGCAGAAAGCAGGAACCUAAACCUUUCUUGGAACUGCCAAUAUAAUAGAGAUCAAUACAGAGCCAAAAGAAAGGGGCCUGAUAGAACAAACCUAAUCCUGGGAAACAGGGAACAACUUAGAAAUUAAUAUCCUCAGAAAUUAGAGAAGGGAUAGUUUAUCAAUGAGACAAGAAAGGACUAAAAAAGAAACUUUUGGAAAUUAAGGAUUAUAUAGCAAAAAUUUUAAAAAUUAAAUUGGAAUAGAACAUGACUGAGAAAUCUCAGCAAGUUGAACAGAAGUCAAAGAGAUGAUAGAUUUAGUCCAUGAGGUUCAGUACUGAAUAGUAAAAUUCCAGAUGGGAAAAAUAAAACGGAAGGCAUAAAGUUAUCAAGAAAAUUACGACAAAAGAAAAUUCCCCAGAAUGGUAGAGUAUGAGUUUCCAGAUAAAGAAAUUAACCUAAUGCCUAGUAUAUGAGGAAAGAACUCCACUUAGGGGCUUCAUAAAAUUCUAGAACUCUGCAGAAAACAAGAUUUGAAGAGCUUCUAGAGAGAGAAAAUAGAUCAUGUAUAAAAGAAUGUUAUCAGCCACAAAAGAUGGAGUAGGGGAGCACCUCCUUGAAAAUUCUGGGUAAAUUAAUUACUAACCUAGAAAAUUCUGUACCCACCAAACCAACAGUCAAGUGUCAAGAGAGAAUAAAGACUUUUGCAAAUGCAUUAAGAGCUCAAAAAUUCAUUCUUUUCUCCUAAUCAUACUGGAGGAUAUAUAGGCUUCACUUAAUGAGAAAGUAAAGAAACAAUGUGAAAUUCAGAAAAUGAGUUGCAACACAGGAAGAAGAUAAAGGAGAUAGAUUAUCAAGAUGUUAGAGGACAGUCCCAGAAUGAUGGUUGAACUGUAGCUUUUAGAGAGUUACCGGUUCAGAUUGGAGCAAGUCAAAGAAAAAAUACUUGGAAGAAAGUGGGAAGCAGACUUGAGGGGAAACUCUAAAUACAGUGAAAUGGGAGGAAAGAAAAAUGCAAUAAUAAAGACAAAUAAGCCUCGAAGAUCAAAUCAGUGUACAAAUCAUUGCUUCAGAAAUUUUUUCUCCAAUAUCUUUUCUUCUAGUAGUCACACUGGAGAAUCUUCUUUUACCUGUACAGCAUACUGUACAGAAUUUAUAGAAGGCAGUGAAAUCAGUGCAUUGAUUAGGCAGAAGAGACAGGAACUGGAAUUGUCGUGGUUUCCUGAUACAUUACCUGGAGCUGAAAGAAUUGGUUUUAUACCCUGGAAUAUUGAAACAGAAGUCCUUCCUCUCAUCUCUUCUGUGUUGCCAAGAACUAUUUUUCCAUCAAGUACCAUAUCUUUAGAAAAUUUUGGUACUUCUUGCAAAGGGUAUGCAUUAGCACAUACUCAAGAAGGAGAAGAGAAGAAACAAACUUCUGGUACCUCAAACACCAGAGGGUCAAGACGAAAACCUGCAGCAACAACUCCUACAAGGAGAUCUACACGUAACACGAGAGCUGAACCAGUCAGUCAAUCUCAGAGAUCCCCAAUAUCAAAUCAUUCUGGGUGUGAUGCCCCAGAUAACAGUAAUCCAUCUGUGAGUGUUUCCUCUUCAGCUGAGUCAGAAAAGCAAACGAGGCAGCCUCCAAAACGGAAGUCUUUAAGAAGAGGAAGAAAACCACCUUUACUGAAAAAGAAACUUCGGAGUUCUGUACCUCCCCAUGAAAAAUCAUCUUCCAGUGAUUCAGUAGAUGAAGAAAUGGCAGAAUCUGACAUACCAUCUGUGUUAGAGAAAGAAAACCAAUCAGAGGUAGAAAGUAGUGACACUGUGCAGGUAAAUAGAGAAAAUGAGCCUGCUAAUGGCUUGAGAAGUUGUAGUGGGUUAAUAGAAGAAAAUGAGGAACGUACUGAGACCAGUGAUACAGAGGAAAGAGUGGAAUCUUCAUAUUCUGGAUCUGGUGCCCAAGAUCCUCCUGUGCUAGUUGGAGAGGAGGAAGAAAUUAAAAAAGUUAAGAAUACAGGUAUAGAGGCUAAUGUUUUAUGUCUGGAAAGUGAGAUUUCUGAAAAUAUUUCUGAAAAAGGAGGUGAUCCGUUGGAAAAUCAAGACCAAAUAGCUGGACCUACAGAUUCAGAGGUAAGAGCAGAUACAUUUACAGAUCAUCCUCCAGAUGAUUUUCUUCCAUGUUCAGGACCUGAAAUUGAAGUACACCAAUCAGUAUCAAGCCUAGGUGACUUACCUGUGAAUGCAGAGUCAGUGGCUAAUGAAGAAAAAGUUAUGGAGAGUCCUGUAGUAGAAAUGAUUGAUCAUAAAGAUUCUACAGUAAAAACAGAGCAGUUUGGUGACAGCCCAAAAUUAGAAUCUUCUGAGGGUGGAAUUACACAAACAGUGGACAGAAAAUCUAUUAAGAGCUCAGAGGUUGGGCAUGUUGAAAAUGAAAAUGUAGAAAUAAUUGCAACAUGUAAUACUUCAGGGAAUGAAAAUUUCAAUAGUAUUCAAGACUCUGAAAAUAAUUCAUUAAAAAAUAAUCUUAACACCCAAUUGGACAAAUCUUUAGAAGAAAAGACUGAAUCUCUGGUCGAACAUUCCAAAACAACAGAAUUGCCUAAAACACACAUUGAACAGAUUGAGAAGCAUUUUAGUGAGGACAAUAAUGAAAUGAUACCUAUGGAAUGUGAGUCAUUUUGCAGUGACCAGAAUGAAUCUGAAAUUGAACCAUCUGUUAAUGCUGAUGCUAAACAAUUGAAUGAAAAUUCUGUGGAACACAGUUUCCAAAAGAAUAUGUCAUCUUCUGAUCCUGUAAAAGAAAAAGUUGAAUCUGUAUCUCAGCCAUCUGAAAGUCCAAUAGAUACGAUAGAAAAAGCCAAAAAGCCUCGUACACGAAGAUCUAGAUUUCAUUCUCCAUCUACAACUUGGUCUCCCAACAAAGACACUGCGCGAGAAAAGAAGCGGUCUCAGUCUCCAUCUCCCAGAAGAGAAACUGGAAAAGAAAGCAGGAAGUCUCAAUCACCAUCUCCCAAGAAAGAAUCUGCAAGAGGACGGAAAUCAUCUCGUUCUCAGUCCCCAAAAAAGGAUAGUGGAAGAGAAAGGAGACCAUCUCAGUCUCGAUCUCCAAAAAGAGAUGGCACUAAGGAAGGCAAAAGAUCUGAAUCACUCUCCCCCAAAAGAGAUACUUCUAGGGAGAACAGAAGAUCUCAGCCAAGAGUGAAAGGUUCCUCCCCAAGAGAAAAAUCCAGGUCCCAGAGCGGGGAAAGAGAAAGUGAUAGAGAUGGGCCAAGGAGAGAUCGGGAUAGAGAAAGGAGAACCAGAAGAUGGUCACGGUCCAGAUCUCGUUCUAGAUCACCGUCAAGAUCUAGAACAAAAAGUAAGAGUUCAUCAUUUGGUAGAAAUGACAGAGACAGUUACUCUCCUCGAUGGAAGGAAAGAUGGGCAAACGAUGGUUGGAGAUGUCCACGAGGAAAUGAGCGAUACAGGAAGAAUGACCCAGAGAAACAGAGUGAAAAUACAAGAAAAGAAAAAAAUGACGUUUGUCCAGAUGCUAGUGAUUCAAAUUCUGCUGACAAACAUAGAAAUGACUGUCCCAACUGGGUAACAGAAAAAAUAAAUUCUGGGCCUGAUCCAAGAACCAGAAAUCCAGAAAAGUUGAAAGAUUCUCAUUGGGAAGAAAAGAGAAAUGAAAAUUCAGGGAAUUCUUGGAAUAAAAACUUUGGUUCAGGCUGGAGGUCUAACCGUGGUAGAGGUAACCGUGGCAGAGGCACUUACAGAGGUGGUUUUGCCUAUACAGAUCAAAAUGAAAAUAGGUGGCAAAACCGAAAACCCCUCUCAGGGAAUUCAAAUAGUUCAGGGAAUGAGACUUUGAAGUUUGUGGAACAGCAGCCCUAUAAACGGAAGAGUGAGCAAGAGUUCUCAUUUGAUACACCAGCAGAUAGGUCGGGAUGGACAUCUGCAUCGAGUUGGGCUGUGAGAAAGACUCUACCAGCAGAUGUACAAAACUAUUAUUCACGUCGAGGGAGGAAUUCUUCAGGUCCACAGUCUGGAUGGACGAGACAAGAAGAGGAAACAACUGAACAGGAUUCUAACCUAAAAGACCAAACAAACCAACAAGGCGAUGGUUCUCAGCUACCUAUAAAUAUGAUGCAACCACAAAUGAAUGUAAUGCCGCAACAAAUGAAUGCGCAACACCAGCCUAUGAAUAUCUUCCCAUACCCAGUUGGUGUUCAUGCUCCUUUGAUGAACAUCCAGCGUAAUCCAUUUAAUAUUCAUCCUCAGCUGCCCUUGCAUCUGCACACAGGAGUGCCUCUCAUGCAAGUAGCUGCUCCUACCAGUGUAUCUCAGGGACUACCACCACCCCCACCCCCACCCCCACCAUCCCAGCAAGUCGGCUACAUUGCUUCACAGCCAGAUGGAAAGCAAUUGCAGGGUAUUCCUAGUGCUUCUCAUGUAAGUAAUAACAUGAGUACGCCAGUCUUGCCUGCUCUGACAGCAGCCCCAGGAAAUACGGGAACAGUUCAGGGACCAAGUUCUGGUAAUACUUCGUCAUCAAGUCACAGCAAAGCUUCUAAUGCUGCUGUAAAAUUGGCAGAAAGCAAAGUAAGUGUUACAGUGGAAGCCAGCGCAGAUAGCUCGAAGACAGACAAGAAAUUGCAAAUUCAAGAAAGAGCAGCACAGGAGGUAAAAUUGGCCAUUAAGCCAUUUUAUCAAAAUAAAGAUAUCACCAAGGAAGAAUAUAAAGAGAUUGUACGCAAAGCGGUAGAUAAAGUUUGUCAUAGUAAAAGUGGAGAAGUAAAUUCUACUAAAGUAGCAAAUCUGGUUAAAGCCUAUGUAGACAAAUACAAAUAUUCACGGAAGGGAAGCCAAAAGAAAACUCUGGAAGAAACUGUUUCUACUGAUAAAAACAUAGGCUGAAAUGGGGCGCUCUAUAAAGGACACUGUCAAGAUAUCUGCAAAGUGCAAUUUCAACAAGUACCCUUAACUGAAAAUCAUAGAGAACUGUGAUUGAAAUUUGGUUUUGAUAAAAUUAUUUUUUUUAAUGUAGGAAAUAAUGUUUUGUUCUAAAUAAAGAUAGUUCUACACAACAGCUUCUAUAUCCCCCCCCCAAUAAAAACAAAUUCAGAGAUAAGUAAAGGGGUUAAAGGAAUGUGCAUUUUUACUCAGACUGUGUUAUAUUGUGGAUACUGGAAGAUGUACAGCUUUUUGAUUUGAACAACAAAGUGCAUAAAUUAGAAACUUCCAAGUGCACUGGUUUUGGAAGAGAUAUAUAUAUAUAAAAUACAUUUAUUCUGUCAGGCUAAAAAUAAAGUAUGAUCUUUAUGAUUCUUCUCUCUAAUUAUAGAAAGAUAAAUAAUGUAUUACCAUGAAAAAGAUUUCUAAGAACAUAGCAGUUGCAGGGUUCCUAAUGUGUAUUUUGAAGCACACAUCUGAAUAAAUUGCUUAGAUAGAAAACAAAUUAUCACAUGAGUAAAAUUCAGUGUUCAAAUUUUUAGAACACUGUUCACCUAUUGUAUCACCAAAUAAAGGUUAUGCUGCUUGUUUUUCUUUUGUGCCUUUUUUUCCCCAAUUGAGAUGAAGCAAUCUGAUUAGCUAGGUUUACAACUCUCACAGUCCAAGCUCUGUUGAAUUUUGAAGACCUGUUUGGAAAAAGUGUAAAAAUUAUGUUCUUCCAUAUCUUCUCAUCUAGUGGUAAAUCGUUUGUGCCAGUUGGAGAAUUGUUAUUAAGUAGUGACCUUGGGAUUAAGGUAGGAUGAGGACACUCCAGUGGCUUUCAGGUUGUUGCUCACUGUCUAAUCACUAAUGAAAUUCUUUUCACACUUGAGAAAUCUCUAAAUGCUUUACAGUGGAUAUAGUGGCAAUUUGAUGUUGCAAAAUCCUAGAUAUUAAAACUUGUGUUUUGGAAAAAGUGAGGAAUUAAUAAUGGAGUCUUGGUUAGGCUUUCAGGGACUAGAGAUUUGGUUGUUUUGGUUUUUUUUUUAAAGUACUAGAAUAUGUUAAUUUUUAUUAAAGGUAAGUUUCAAAUGUUAUAGCCUUAUUAUUUUAAUUGGCAUCAUGGAUGAAAAAAAUGGGUUAUCUCCAUGAUAGAUUAUAUUUCAUUCCAGUAAUAAUUUUCAACACAUACCAAAUAACUGGAGAUUUAUUCAGAUAAAGGUAUUAAUGGCUCCAAGGUAGAUAUAUGCCUCAGACUGACCCUUAAACUAGCUAAAUAGUGAGUCCACUCUGUAGGACUGUGUUUUUCUGAAGUAAAGAUGAUCUGUUUCUCAGUUUUAUGUGUAUAAUACUUUGCUGGUGCUAGAAUUGAUAGAAUUUCAAAAUGUUGGCCCCAAUAAUGAUUGUGUUAGUUCAUAAUCUUUAUUAGGUUAUGAGUAUAAUUCCAAAAAGUAUUAGCAAUAUUUCCAAGCAGUUUUUGAUCUUUAUUCUGUGUUUCCGGGCAUUUGUAGUAUGGUAUUCUACUGAUUUAUAUAUAUUUUUAAUUAAAGUUUGUGUUUAGAUUAUGAUGGGGAAAGAAUUUUGGAAGUAUAUUUCUUCUUAUAAAAAAUACUAAGACAAGUGUUUUGAAUAUCAACACACACCUCCUCAUUUAUUUCAGUUUUGAACUCUAGAAACAAUUGUGUGAACUUUUAUUUGAUUUUGAGUUAAAGCUGGUUCACACUUAAAACUAAUUUUGUAGCACAUUGCGUAAAUUGAUUAAACACACCAUACAAUAUUUUUCGUACAUUUUUUUCAGUGACAUUUUGGAGUUGGGUAACAGUUUAAAAUUUACUUUAUACCGUUUAGCUUGUGCAAACAUGUUUAAAGCUUUUGAAGAAAAACUAGGUGAUGUGGUCAAGAGUAAAAGUCUCACAUCUUUGGUAGGAGUGUCAUGAAUUAAUUCUACCUUUCUUAAAUAACAAGUAUGUACUUCAUAUCUGGUUGGGGUACUGGUUCAACUGCAUUUUAAAUAGCUAAUGAAGAAUGUUACUGGACUGGAAUCAAACUUAGAGAGCUUUGAAAUAUUUAAAAUGUAUGAGAAAGUGCAUGCUCUGUGUUAAAAAAAAUACAUUGCUUUUUAACAUUUGCCAUUCUUGCUUUUUUUCAAAAAUUUACAUUAAUUUUGCAUGUGCACAGACUUAAUCAAAAAACAUUUUGUGGGGUUACAGAUUUCUCUUACUUGUUAUUUAUGAAGAUUCAGUAUUAACUUGACCUUUUGAAACCUUAGUCCCUUUACCUUGUCCCAUUGACUGAUGUUUUUAGGCUAUAGUGAUGCCUAGAAUUUUGAGACUAAAAUUAGUUUAUUUUAACAUUCCAAAAAUUCUGUGGUUUUCUGAUUUUUACCACAUUUUUUCCAUUAUGUUCCUUUAAAUGGCCACAGUAUGUACUAGAUGAAUGUUCUAUCCAAAAGAUGUAGCUUUGGAAGCACAGUGGUUGCCCAAGGUCCAUUGUAGUAUGAGGAUGGAGUGCUAUCUACUGAAAUAAUACUCAUACAGAUAUGUAGUAUGUAAUAUUUUCUAAUAAAUUCUUUUGAUAAACAGA